CGGGGCGGGAUGGUCGCGGCCGGCCCGGAGCGCUCCCGCCGCUCGCCCCGCGCGCAGGCCGGGAUGCGCGGCGGGCGCGGGCCCGGGAAGCCGCGGCUGCGGCCGCCCGCGAGCGGCGCCGGGCCGGGGUCGGGCGGGCUCUGCCUCCGCGGGCCUCCGCCGAACGCAGGCCGGCGCUUCCUGCUCCAGACGGGCGGGUGUUGGGACGGGGGUGCUCAGCCUCCCUCCCUGAGGCGGGCUGGCGCUGGCCGUGCGGCCCGGGAGCGCUCCGUGCGCUGCCGCCGCCAGCACGUGUGACAGCCGCGGGGAGCCCGCCGCUGCUGCUGCUGCUGCUGCCCGGGGAGCCGGCCUGCUGUGACCUUGGGAAGCGGAGCCACGGCCUCCCCACGCGGGAUAUUGCAAGGAGCAGCGCUGCCUUCUGGGUGCAUGCCAGUCUUUGGAGACGGCAUGGGCAGAGAGAAACAUCUGGGGCUGAAAUAACAUCUGCUUGCAGGGGACUCUGCAGGACCUGUUACACUAACUAAUGCUUCUGUAUUUCUAGGUUUGAGGUUUGGAUUUGCUUUGGAAGUCAGAGAGCAGUUGCUGCCUCGUUCUACCUACAUUCAACUUUUAAUAUAGUAGUGUUAUUGCAAACAGGAAAAAAAGGAGACAAGUAUCUCCACACCUAACAGGAAACAGGAGACUUUGCUCUGAAAUAACUGAUAAACAAGUGUGAAGCAUGAGGAUCAACUCUGCUGUUCAGGCUGCUAUUGACCUCACAGCAGGUGCUGCAGGUGGGACAGCCUGUGUGGUGACUGGCCAGCCCUUUGACACUGCAAAGGUGAAGAUGCAGACGUUCCCCAACAUGUACAAAGGACUUGUUGACUGUUUUGUCAAAACCUAUAAGCAAGUGGGAUUUCGAGGCUUCUACAAGGGAACCUCACCAGCACUUGUAGCCAACAUUGCAGAGAACUCCGUUCUGUUCAUGUGCUAUGGAUUUUGCCAACAAAUUGUGAGAAGAAUUGUUGGAGUAGACAGGAAAACAAAGCUCAGUGACCUACAGAAUGCUGCUGCAGGCUCCUUUGCCUCUGCCUUUGCCACCCUUGUCCUCUGUCCCACAGAGCUGGUGAAGUGCCGCCUACAGGCCAUGCACGAAAUGGAGUUGUCAGGAAAGAUAAACCAGGGACACAAUACAGUUUGGUCAGUAGUGAAGGGUGUUAUCCAAAAGGAUGGUCCCCUUGGAUUCUAUCGUGGCCUGUCAAGCACUUUGCUGCGGGAAGUCCCAGGCUAUUUCUUCUUCUUUGGAGGGUAUGAACUGAGCCGGACAUUCUUUGCCUCUGGGAGAUCAAAAGAUGAAUUAGGUCCCAUCCCUUUGUUACUAAGUGGAGGUUUUGGAGGCAGCUGUCUGUGGAUUGCUGUGUAUCCUGUGGACUGUGUCAAAUCUAGAAUUCAGGUUCUUUCCAUGGCUGGAAAACAAGCAGGCUUUAUGGGAACAUUUGUAACUGUUGUGAGAACUGAAGGUGAGUAUCCAAGCAGAUCAACUGAAUCUAUAGGGCUGCAGACUGAAAUCUAUACCCUCCAAUACCCAAAAACACUUAAGAAAGCUAGUCCAGUGAUAAUGCCUGUUAGAGACAGACAACUGUUUUUAGCAAGCAAAUAUCUACUUCAUGUAGUGUGGAAAGCUUGGAAUCUAGAAACUGAGACCUACUUCAUCUUCCCUGCCUCUUGGUACAGGAGAUGACUCAUUUAAACCUAACAGAAGCAUUACUAUGCAUUAAAAGCAGAUUAAAAUAUGGGCUCCAUUACUUGUGACCUAUACAUGAAACCUGAAGGAACUAGGUAAGUUCCAUGCAGAAAUUUUCUUCACCUCUAGAAAUUAAUAUACGGUUGAGGAUUGAUUUAUCAAACAGUCCUAUCCAGCCUGGAAACUUGAGGCAUCUACCUCAGCAUCUCUCUGGAAAAGGCCUGUGUCAGGCACUUUGGAAAAGGGUCUAAGAAUGUACAUGGCAGCAGACAUGAAUCCUGGCCCUAUUGCUAGGUAAGAUACUCAUCAGAACUGGAGUCUUACUUGGGGCACAGCUCUAACAUAGUCUUGCUGCCCCUUUGCCAGCUGUGGUACAGCCGCUGCCAAGUUAUCUCAGCUGGCCAAGACCUUGUCAUACCUGAAAUAAGCAUCUAGCAUAAGCCCUUGCAUGGCUAAACUCCUGUUACAACAUUAGAAACUCCCAUAUCAAUAUCCAGUACCACUGCAAUCAGUAGCUACAGCGAGUUCAGCUCUCUGUGUUCAUGCUCCUCUAAGCAGAAGCAUUGCUUCAGUAUCCUUCAGAGGCAAGAGCAGAGUGGUUGAUGCAGACAGCCACUUGAAUAAAUUGCUAACUGGCUCUGGUUUCGUUUCUAGGCGUGCUUGCCUUGUAUUCUGGACUAACACCAACUAUGAUCCGUGCAUUUGUGGCCAACGGGGCACUGUUCCUUGCCUACGAGUACAGCCGGAAGCUCAUGAUGAAACACAUAGAUUCUUACUGAUCCCGCCUAGCAAACGAAGAAUGAGAGAUUGCUUAAGGGUCAUUUAAAUAAAUGAUGAAAAACACAUAGAUCACAUGAUGGUCUGAGCAGAACCAAAUCAGUGACCUAAUUUUAGGAACUCAAUUCCAGUUUAAGGUUUGUAAUCUUUUAAAAUCAGGUGAUUUUAUGGAGGUGUGUAUAUGUUGCUUGAAUUGCACAAGCAGAACUAUCUCCCUCUUACAGAUUAUGCACUAGGUACACUGCAUGUCAUAAAUGUCUUUCCUGACCUGUACUGGUGCUAAAAAUAUUUGCAUUGACCUGUGGGGUUUAAUGUAACAUGCAAGAGUAGGUUGUGAGUUGUCUACAGCAAAGCACUGGUUUUAAAACUGUGCUGCAAUUGUGACCUUUUGCAGUUGUUGCUGAUGUCUGACCCAAAAUAACAUCAGUUCUUGGCUAAUCUUGCUGAAUAUAGAUGACUUGGACAUACCCCUCACCCAGAGAGACCUUUCCUUCUCCAGCUACACCCCUGUCCUGCUCUGGCUCCCUGCUGCUUUGUGACUUGCUAAGGUCAUGGAAGAGGGUGUCUGACUUACAUACUCUGUCCUAGUGAAUGGGUUUAUAAAAGUAGGAAACAUUCACCCCCUACUUUAUAUGAGACUUAGAGCCCAAGAUAUGCCUAUAUUUUUGAUAAAAGCACAGUAACAACAUUAAGGCUAUGCUGCACUGCAUCCUUUCAAGAAGUGCUGGAGUAUGCUAAGCACCACUUAACAUAGGGACACUGCUGAAAAUAGCUGCUGCCUCUGAGCACAGAACUGUGACUGUGCAGGCUCCCACUUAGAUCACCUUGGCGUGAAUGAGGCCACAUGCUGGAAGGACAGGAAGCUGAAGAGGAACAGACAGCCAGAACUGAGUUGUUAACUGACACCAUGGUCUCUGACAUAGCAGUCUUACUGGGGCUGGAGUCUUGCUGCUUGCUGUGCCUCUUCAGCUGAGUGGAAAAAGCUCAUAUGACUGGAUAGCUUGUAUCACCUUCAGGCCUGGAGGGCAUGGCCUGCUCUGUCAUGUUAUUUGAUGAAAUAUGCAGUUAGUCAGUAUUACCCAAAACGAUGCAGUGACACCUCUCUCUAGAUGCCCCUUUUGUUCUUAAAAGUAGAAUGCUCUUUUUACAAGCAUGUUCUGCUUUGUGAGAAGCAGCUACUGCCUUAUCCUGGAAUAAGUUGAGCAGGUCUUAGAACAGCACAAACUUGUCCUGAGUUGUACAGAGAUGCUGCCUGGGUGCUCUAACUGCAGCCCACCAGUGUGGGGCACAGACAGAGCCCUUUAACUCACUGAGAUCAUCACAGCUACAUGGAGAUUAGCAGCUUGUCACAGCAACCACAUUUGUCAGUGACAGACAGAGCUGGAACAACCUAGUUUUGCAUGUUACAGCUUCCCUUUCAGAUCCCAGAAAUAGGAACAAGCUUUAGGCAUAGAUGAAAUCCCUCAAUACCUGCUGCCUCUUGCAGUGGAGCCAGGGUGCACUUAAACUGGCUCAUUCCUUGCAUUGUUGCAGCCUCUUUGAUGGAAGGUGGUUGCUGCAGUUCCACAAAAUCUUCUUGCUCCUCCAGCCUCCAAGUGCAGAAAGAACAAUUCAUCUCCCUUUCAUAUACCACGGGAAAAGGCAGUUAAAGCAGGGCAUGCCUGAAGAAUCUUCAGUGUCUACUGCACCAAUACAGCUUGACUGAUUGGUACAAUAGGGGCAGCACUACUCUGCAUUGCCAGUACUUUAAAAGGAAUUUAUACCAAAUGUUCAAAUGAUUCAGGUAGGAGCAUGAGGCUUUAAGAGUUGUUAGACUUCCCCUUCUUUUUAAAGUUGUCUAGCUAAGAGAAAUAGUAUAUUUGUACAUGUUUCUAAUAGUUAUGAAAAGGUGAGGACAGACUCCACCUCAGUGGAAUACUUCAAUCUAUUUCUUAGAUUUGUCUUUGCUUUCAUUUUUUAAAGCUCAUGGUUGCAGUUUUUAAUACAAAAAUUGAAGCUUCAAGAGAAGCAGGGUAUUUAAAAUAACCAACAGCAAGAAGCUGGUGUCAUUUUGAGAGUUUACCUUCUGAAGUUGAUGUAAGCAGUAAUUUUUCCAUUCAGAGCUGCUUAAGCUGUACACGUGUAUCAGUUGUUCAGCUAAAAACUUCAUGAUGUUGUUAUAGGAAUUCACAGAAAUAAAGUUUCAUUUGAUUAA